AUGUUACAUCCCAUCGCUCUGGCCGCCACGCUGGCAACAGUGGCAACAGCACAAUCCGACAUCUCCCUUUCCCAUCCCCUCCAGGCAGUCCUCUCCCACGCUCAAUCCGGCCCAUUGUACACCUAUCCCACCGACCUCACGCAGGGAAUCGUACCAAAGUCUUUCCACUCCCACAACGACUACUGGCGCCCCCUCCCCUUCUACUCCGCGCUCUCGGUAGGCGCCAUUUCCAUCGAAGCAGACGUCUGGCUCUACGGCGAAACCCUGCACGUCGGGCACGAGGAAGGCGCGUUAACCAACGAGCGGACGUUCGAUGCGCUAUACGUCCAGCCGAUCUUGUCUGUACUGCAGAAGCAGAAUCCGGACUCGGAGUUCCUGACGGAAGGCAAGACGAAGAAUGGCGUCUACGACACUUCCGCAGGCCAGACGCUGUACCUCUACGUCGACGUCAAGACGGAUGGGAGGAAGACGUUUCCGUACGUUAUCAAAGCGCUGGAGCCGCUGCGAUCAGCGGGCUACUUGACGACAUUCAACGGCAAGACCGUGACACCAGGCGCCGUGACCGUGGUUGGGACCGGUAAUACGCCACUCGACCAGAUCCAAGGCGUGAACAACCGAGACUACUUCUACGAUGCGCAGCUCACAGAGCUCACGACGACUUCGAAAGACAUAACCAGCGAUGUCAGCUUAACGGCGAACACGGACUUCGUGAGCGUGUUCGGCGAAGUGAAGAACCAGACGUUUACUGCGACGCAACAGGCGACGCUGGAGGAGCAGGUGGCGACGGCCCAUGGAAAGGGGAUGAUGGUUCGGUACUGGGACACGCCAGGCUGGCCCGUCGGAACGCGAAAUGCGGUGUGGCGGAUAUUGUGGGAGGCAGGAGUGGAUUUGCUGAAUGCGGAUGAUUUGGAGGGAGCCGCGAAUUUCUGGGAAGGUACGGGUUGA